AUAACAGAAGGCGUUUGAAUGGUUACCCCAUGCACUUCGUGAAUAGUGAACAAUGCUGAACGGAAUGGGAAAUGGUGGCUUGUGAUUGGGGGAUGUGGCAAAGCAUGUUUCGCGUACCAGUGCAAACUCCAACCAAGGCUAAGGGAAAAUGUUGACAACCGAGGGCUUGUAAAUUGGGACCUGCGGAAACACCAUUUUGUUUACAACGCCAUAGCUACCGUAGACAUCGUUCCCUCCCUAGCAGUCUAUAUCUCAAGCAUAUGCGGCUUAUUCCGUUACAAGCCUCCAUACUCACGCCCCGCUGUAGCCCUCCCCUCUUUCCACGUCACCCCUCGCGCUUCCGGCUAGCCGCAGCUACCCGCUUCUGGCUGCUUCCCGCUCCCGCUCCCCAAUUUUCUCUGCUUCCCGCUUCGCGCUCGCCUGCUUCGCGCUCGCCUGCUUCGUGCUCGUCGGUCUAGCCUUCUAGCUCCGAGGACCCAGCUUCCCGCCUUCCCAUCCGUCUCGCUUCGCGCAGCACCCCGCUCCCCAUUGCCCGCCGCUACCCUAAUCGCCAUUGCUCCCACUCACCAGUGCCACUUCCUGCGCCCGCUGCUCCAAGCUUCCUGCCGCUGCCCGCUACCCGCUUUCCGCCCCCCGCGGCGCCGCUGUGUGACGCUAAAGCAGGACCCAUUUCCCGCUGCUCCCCGCUUCGCGCAGCCCGCGCGAACCGCCGAGCGCGCAUCGCCCACCUUCCCUCGGUAACGCCGUCUCACGCUGCUUCCCGCAGCUGCUCGCUCCCCACGUGUCCGCUGUGCGGCCCUUCCCCGCUUCCCGCUGCCCUCCCGCGUCCCAGUUCCCGCAAGCUUCGCGCUUGCGGAAUGUUUGGCGCCUUUCGAAAGGCGCCGCGGGGACAGGGAGGGAGAGAGGCGCGACGGGUGGAGCGAGUGAGGCAGGACAGCUGGGAGGGAGGUAGUGGAGACAGGGGUGAGGAAGAGAGGCGAGAGAGCAGGGAGGAAGAGAGGCGAGAGAGCAGGGAGGAAGAGAGGCGAGAGAGCAGGCACGCUGUUCACAUUGGCAUCUUCCUUCUCUCCCCUCUCAUGAUCAUUUGCCUUCCUGCCUUCUCCCCUUCCCCCCCGGUGUGCACUUUCGCCUUCAAGCUUGUUGAAUGGCUGGGUGUAAAGCCUGCUCCAGCUCAGAAGCCUGCCUCGUCAUGCCUGCACUAAGUUGGCUCAUCAAACCUAGCUGCGGCUACCUGUGGUUGUGUAAAUUUUGGAAGUGCAUGUGCAUCAGGUGGCAGGUUUUGGGGAUAUGGCACAUAAAUACGACACAUAAAUGCAGCAGGCUGUAACCAGUCUUUAUCAUUUCAUAAUGCAUUAUGU